AUGUCUUCGUUCCUGGAAAAGCUAUCCACAUUGCGGAUGAUAAUUCGUCAAAAUGGCGGAUUGUUAAACUCCAUGAGAGUGCUUUUUAGGACCGACGAGCUUAAGUGGGGCACUUACGUUGGCAUGGAUCAGUUCGGUAACAAGUACUAUCAGAAUGACAAAUAUUUUUUCGGUAAAUUUAGCUUUAUUUCAUAUUUCUGGGCGAUCCUAGGCCGUGAUCGAUGGGUUAUCUACGGCAAUCGCUUUGGUUGGGACUAUGAAGGAUCACAGGUUCCACCCGAAUGGCACCGCUGGUUGCAUCAUAUGACGGACGAAUCCCCAGUCGAUAAACCACCAAGGCGUCUGAAGUGGAUGGCUGAGCAUUCUGAGAAUACAACUCUGGAUCCUAACAAAAAAUAUAUUCCGUACUCAACGACGAAACCAAAAAUCGAACCUUGGAAGCCUUCUUGA